UUCCUGCACCUGCACGCUCCAGAAAGCAAUUAAAAGUUAGCACAAAAGCCACUUAAGUCAUGCAAGUUCAGAUGCAACAUAAACCAGAACAAAUACAAAACACGUGGUGAUGAUUGCAAAUCCAGUCUAAGGUUAAAAAAAAAAAAAGAUGACUGUGUGUUUGUAUAUGCGGUUGAACCUCCCUACCCUUGUUACCUAAGGCAGCCUCUGGAGGGGGCGUGGCUUGCUGACAUCACCAUGUAUCAGUAUGCAAGGGAGGAGUGGAGAAUGAGGGCGAGCAGGAGGCUGUGAAAGGAGGCCGGCCGGGGAGGCUUCCUACACACGGCGGCACGGGGCCGCUUUCAUCGACCAGUGGUUUUGUAAUUGUCCCGAUGGCCUUCUGAGUGGCGGCGGGAGGCUGGUCUCACUUGUGAGGUCGUCCUCACUGAGGAUGUCAGCAUGGAGGAGCCCGCUCACCUUGUUUAGGACAGCGUCAGGCGUUAGAAGCACACGACCAUGGAUCAGCCCCACAGCGCCUCCUUCAGCUCAGAGAAUGAGGCCCAGGGAGGCGACCCCGCGGCGUGGGGGUGUACACCUCCACCGUCCACCUCACCUUCGGGGGAGACGCCGGCAAAGCCCGCCCCCUCGCAGCCGGCGUCCAGGCCACACACGGGGGCGUCGGGCCAAAGCCCGGCUCCUCCCUCCGCCCUGACCGUAACCAGGAAGAGGAGCUCCAAACCGUCGCACAUGAGACGCAAUAUUCGGAAGCUACUGAGGGAGCAUCAGCUGGAGGCAGUGACCAAAGCUGCUCAGCAGGAGGAGCUAGAGAGGAGGCGACGGCAAGAUUUCUCCAUAUCGCUGCUGCCUGAAUAUGAAAGUGGCGAUGUAACAAAGCAUGUGUCGUCGUCAUCGCCGUCAGCAUCAUGCGUGUCGCCGCAGGAGGACGGACAGGACGCCACGGUCUGCCUGGACCUCAGUGGCGCCGACGUUCACCACCACCACCACCACCACCACCACGACACCGCCAAGGCCGACCAGAUCUCCAGAUCAGAUGUGAUAGAUCUAAGCCUGGGCGAGGACGACGACAGCGUCAGCAGAGGCUCCGCCCACCAUGAGAUAGAGAGCGCGCAAAGUGGCAUGCACGCCAACGACGACCUCAACCGCCCGGACGACCAAGGGAGGGUGCUGGUCAACUUGAACCACCAUCCCUCGGAGAAGGACAUUUUCCUGUCGCCUCAGCUGGCGCGAGCGGUCAAACCUCACCAGAUCGGCGGGAUUCGCUUUCUGUACGCCAACCUGGUGGAGUCGCUGGAGCGCUUUGGCAGCAGCAGCGGCUUCGGCUGCAUCCUGGCUCACAGCAUGGGGCUGGGGAAAACACUGCAGGUCAUCUCCUUCAUUGACGCGCUCUUCAGGAACACCCGGGCUCACACCGUGCUCGCCAUCGUGCCCGUCAACACGUUGCAGAACUGGCUGGCCGAGUUCAACAUGUGGGCCCCGGCCGUCGAGUCCCUGCCACCAAAUAGCGACCCCAGCCUGGUGAGGCCUCGCACCUUCAAGGUUCACAUCCUCAACGACGAACACAAGAACACAACAUCCAGGGCCAAGGUGGUGGAGAACUGGGCCCGGGAUGGCGGCGUUCUCCUCAUGGGCUACGAGAUGUACCGCCUCCUGUCGCUUAAGAAGAACUUUGUGUCCGGGAGAAAGAAGAAGAGCAAGAAAACCGCGGGCCCCGUCGUCAUCGACCUGGUCGAAGAGGACCGCCAGCAGAAACUGCUCAAAGGUAUCGAGAGAGCCUUGGCCCGGCCCGGUCCAGACGUGGUGAUCUGCGACGAGGGCCAUCGCAUUAAGAACUGCCACGCCAGCACCUCUCAGGCCCUGAAGAACAUCAGAACCAAACGCAGAGUGGUGCUGACCGGUUAUCCUCUGCAGAACAACCUGAUGGAGUACUGGUGCAUGGUGGACUUUGUACGGCCGGACUUUCUUGGCACGCGCCAAGAGUUCAGUAACAUGUUCGAGCGUCCCAUUCUGAACGGGCAGUGUGUGGACAGCACGCCGCAGGACAUCCAGCUGAUGAGGUACCGGAGCCAUGUUCUGCACAGCCUGCUGGAGGGCUUCGUACAGAGACGAGGCCACGACGUGCUGAAGGACCAGCUGCCCUCCAAGCAGGAGCACGUGAUCCUGGUGCGUCUGUCUCCGCUGCAGAGGGCGCUCUACACCGAGUUCAUGAACCGCUUUAAAGAGGCGGGAAACUCUGGCUGGCUCAGCCUCAACCCGCUCAAGGCCUUCUGCGUGUGCUGCAAGAUUUGGAACCAUCCGGACGUGCUGUACGAGGCCAUACAGAAGGAAAACCUGGCCAGUGACCAGGACCUGGACCUUGACGACAUCACCUCGGCUGCACACAGCAGGUGUCCCACUCCAGCCAAUCAGAAGCCAAAGCCCCUGGAAACUCCAAACCCCAUUGGUGGACUGAGUCUCAACCAGUUACAGGACAGGGCCAACCAGGUCAUCACGUACGAGUGGGCAAAGGACAUCAUGUGCGACUACAAGCCCGGCAUCUUGGAGAACUCUGCCAAAAUGGUGCUGCUGUUCCACCUGAUAGAGGAGAGCGUCAGGAAGGGAGACAAACUUCUGGUUUUCAGUCAGAGUUUGUCCACUCUGACCGUGAUUGAGGACUUCCUUGCAAAGAGACCAGUCCCUGCGUCACCCAACACCUCCAGCAGAGACAGACCAAGUCGGAACUGGGUCAGAAAUGUCCACUAUUACAGACUUGAUGGAAGUACCACCACCUCCGAGCGAGAAAGACUAAUUAACCAGUUCAAUGAUCCCAACAACACCUCAGCGUUGGUCUUCCUGCUAUCUACCCGAGCCGGUUGCCUGGGCGUGAACCUGAUCGGUGCCAACCGCGUGGUGGUGUUCGACGCCUCCUGGAACCCCUGCCAUGACGCCCAGGCUGUGUGCCGCGUGUAUCGCUACGGGCAGAAGAAGGCGUGUCACAUCUACAGGCUGGUGUGCGACUUCACGCUGGAGAAGAAGAUCUACGACCGGCAGAUCUCCAAACAGGGCAUGUCUGAUCGCGUGGUGGACGACUUGAACCCUGUGCUGACCUUCACCAGGAGGGAGGUGGAGUCUCUUCUCCACUUCGCCGAGGAAGAACCGGAGCCGAGCCAAAUCCAGCUGCAGCACCAGAACGGCAUGGAGUGCGUCCUCGAUAAGGCGCUGCGUCUCUUUCCUCACCUCAUCACCAAGCAACCGUUCCCCCACGAGUCUCUGCUGAUGGACCGCCGGGAGAUGAAGCUGAGCGUGGCCGAGAAGAAGGCGGCCAAGAAAGGUUACGAGGAGGAGAAGAGGGCGUCCGUGCCGUACACGCGACCUUCUUACGCCCACUACUACCCGGCCAGCGACCAGAGCCUGACCAACAUCCCCGCCUUCAGCCAGAGGAACUGGCGACCUCCUCACGCUGAGGAGAAACCGGUGACGGGUGUGCAAGCAGCCCAGUCCAGCCCGGUUCCCAGCAUGCACCUGCAGGCGUCUGUGGGCUCUGCUCCCGCCAAAGACUCAUCGCCAUCAGGCCUCGGGGGCUUUCCUGUCAACUACUUGCAAAAAGCUGGCGUGUUUGUGCAAAAGAUCAUCACCACGACAGACAUGGUGAUUCCAGGCAAUAACAGCUCAACCGACGUCAAAGCCAGAAUAUCAGCUGGAGAGAGCAUCCACGUCAUCAGGGGCACCAAAGGGACCUACAUCAGGACUUCGGAUGGACGAAUCUUUGCCAUCCGAGCAGCGAGCAAGCCUAAAACAUCCGAGGAGACAUCAACAUCCUACAAAGACCUGCAGGGCUGUGCAGAGCAGCAGUCAGGCAGCGACGGUCACGCCCCCUCCUCACCUGACCCGCAGCAGCCGUCAGCCUCCCCGGACGGUCCGGAGAUCGUCGGCGAGUUGCAGGCGGAGAUGGCGAAGGACAACUUGACUUCCGUAGCUAAGGGUGACAGCAGGAAGGUGAGCCGCCGCACCGCCAACGCCAUCCAGCCCGACAUGGACGCCAGCGCCGCCCAGGACUUGAGAGUCAGCUCCAAGCGCAAAGCCUCCACGCCGUCGCUGGACGAGCGGCCCGGCAAGCGGCCCCCCGCGGCUUUCCCGUACCCGCCGGGUUACGGCCUCCCUCUGGGCUUCAACCCGGCCGUCCUGGGGGGCGCACUGGGACACCCGCUCUACAUGGGGGCGGGCGCUCCCUACAUCCACCCGUCUCAUACCGGACUGGGCGACCCAAGCUUCGCGUCCGAGUUGUUCGCUUUGGGCGCCGUGCCCUCGUCGUCGUCCUCUUCGUCGGCCGUGUCUACAUCCACCGCCGUCUCAUCUUCCUCCGCCUCCAAAGCUUCCACUUGGGCUGCGGGCGCCGUGCCGCCGUUCAUGCUCGGCCCCAGCCUGGCGGGAAUGGCGGGGAUGCUCCCGCCUGGUUUCCCCCUCUCUUACAGUCAGUCUCUGGCCAACUUGUACCGCGGGUCCAUGCUCCCCGGCCCGGCGGCCACUCCCGGUCCAGCCGGGGCCAGCUUCCUCUCGCACUACACUUCCGCCUCCAGUUCCUCCUCCUCGUCCUCCCCGCCAUCUUUCUCCGUGGCUUACGGCCGGAAUGUCAGCAGCCCCGACAGCUCCGAUAGCAACGAGGAGGUCGUCGAAGUCAACGGCCAAUGAAACGCGACCAUUUGAUGGUCACAUGGCGUGCGUCUGCAGCUUUGAAUGCUGAAUCUGUGUCACAUCACGGACUACAGGCUUUUUACAGGAAGAACAUUUAAACGAUUGGAGCUUUUUUAUUCUAGUUCUGCAUCGUAAAUAAUCCGAGAUUUAAAAAGUUGGAUACAUUGUAAGCAGUAGUUUGUUAUUAUGCGUUUAAAAGAAUAGUUUUUAGGGAUGGGCCCAGGCUUUAUUCAUUACCUCCUAAGCUAAAAUGAAGCGCAGUACCUGGCUGCGACCAGCAGAGGCGCUGUUGAGCCACAGAAGUCGGUUAUAGCUAUCGCCUCCACCGCGAUUUUUUUUUUUUAAACCAGCGUAAAAUCUGUGAUUUGUACGGUUUGCUGCGUAUCGGCGUCAAAAUUUAAAAUCGAUAAAUUGCUCACCAGUGACAAAAAUCAAAAAUGCGAUACAGUUGACCAUUAGCGUUUUAGCGGAAAGUUGCAUUGUAAAAUCUGUGAUUUGUCGCCUUUUUGUACGGUUUGCUGCGUAUUGGCGUCGGAAUUUAAAAUCGAUAAAUUGUUCACCUGUGACAAAAAUCAAAAAUGCAAUCUAGAUGACGAUUAGCAUUUUAGCAAGGAGUUGCAUGUCGUGCUCAACCUGGAAAACCUACUCAGUGGCCUACUGGUUAGAGUGUCCGCCCUGAGAUCGGUAGGUCGUGAGUUCAAACCCCCAAAUCUGUGAAAUCUAUGAUUUGCUGCGUAUUGGCGUUGGAAUGUAAAUCGAUAAAUUGUUCACCAGUGACAAAAAUCAAAAAUGCGAUACAGUUGACGGUUAGCGUUUUAACGGAAACUUGCAUUGUAAAAUGUGUGAUUUGUCGCCCUUUUGUAUGGUUUGCUGCGUAUUGGCGUUGGAAUUUAAAUCGAUAAUUUUUUUACCUGUGACAAAAAUCAAAAAUGCGAUAUAGUUGACGAUUAGCGUUUUAGCGAGGAGUUGCAUGGUGUGCUCAACCUGGAAAACCAACUCAGUGGCCUAGUGGUUAAAGUGUCCGCCCUGAGAUCGGUAAAUCGUGAGUUCAAACCUCCAAAUCUGUGAUUUGCCGCCUUUUUGUACAGUUUGCUGCGUAUUGGCGUCGGAAUUUAAAUCGAUAAAUUGCUCACCAGUGACAAAAAUAAGAAAUGCGAUACAGUUCAAUUUAGCGUUUUUAGCAGAAAGUUGCAUGGUAAAAUCUAUGAUUUGCCGCCUUUUUGUACGGUUUGCUGCGUAUUGCCGUCGGUAUUUAAACCGAUAAAUUGUUCACUAGUGACAAAAAUCAAAAAUGCGAUAUAGUUGACGAUUAGCGUUUUAGCGGAAAGUUGCAUAACGCGCUCAACCUGGAAAACCUACUCAGUGGCCUAGUGGUUAGAGUGUCCGCCCUGAGAUCAGUCGGUCGUGAGUUCAAACCCCAAAAUCUGUGAUUUGCCACCUUUUUGUACAGUUUGCUGCAUAUUGGCGUCGGAAUUCCAAUCGAUAAAUUACUCACCAGUGACAAAAAUCAAAAAUGCGAUAAAGUUGACGAUUAGCGUUUUAACGGAAAGUUGCAUGGUAAAAUCUGUGAUUUGUCGCCUUUUUGUACAGUUUUCUGCGUAUUGGCGUCGGAAUUUAAAUCGUUAAAUUGUUCACCAGUGACAAAAAUGAAAAAUGCGAUAUAGUUGACGAUUAGCAUUUUAGCGGAACGUUGCAUGGUGCGCUCAACCUGGAAAACCUGCUCAUCACGCAAUAUCCCGAAAAACGGCUUCAAAGUGCCUGAUUUACCGGUCGUUAUAUCCACCCGUCCAUUAUCCUGUGACGUCACAGCGUGACCACACAGAAACAAACAUGGCGGAUAGCACAGAAAGGUAUAGCGAUAUUAGCUCGGAUUCAGACUCGGAUUUCAGCGCCGUAAGCGAUUCAGCAGACUACGCAUGUAUUGAAAUGGAUGGUUGGCGUGUGGAGGCAGGUACCGAAAACGAAAUUAAAGAAGAAACAGAAGCUUUUGAGCCAUAUCACGACAGACAGCGGCCCGGGAGAAAGCGCGGAUGAAUUCUGCGAUCGCCUUCUAACCAACAAUUGGUAUGUGUUUGUUUGGCAUUAAAUGUAGGUGGAGGGAAAGGCUGGAUGCAAAUAUAGCUACAAAUGAGGCAUAAUGAUGCAACAAGUACAUACAGCUAGCCGAAAUAGCGUGUUAGCAUUGAUUAGCUUGCAGUCAUGCCGUGAUUAGCACACUACACAUAAGUCAAUAACAUCAACAAAACUCACCUUUGUGCAGUUUGGUGGACAAAAUGAGACAGAAAAAGAAGCGGCAUAAAUCAUAUCCAAGGGGUUUACCUCGCUCGUCUGCGGGAACAGACUGCCGUCGUUCCUGAAUAGCUCACACUCGGGCAGAUUCAGUGGUGGUCUAUUUCCCAAUAUUGCAGAUUUCGUUGACUUUAUUGUUGGAAAUGCAUCUGCUUUGAGUGCCGCAGGAUAUCCACACAUUCUUGCCAUCUCUGUCGUAGCAUAGCUGUCGUCGGUAAACUGUGCGGAACAAACGAGGGACUUUAGCAUCUUUUGACCACUGUUGCAACUUGAAUCCGUCUCUGUUGGUGUUGUUACACCCUCCGACAACACACCGACGAGGCACGAUGUCUCCAAGGUAUGGGAAAACAGUCGAAAAAACGGAAAAUAACAGAGCUGAUUUGACUUGGUGCGUGUAAUAAGAUUGAGAAAAUGGCGGAUCGCUUCAUGUUGUGAUGUCACGGGUGAAAGGUCAUCGCUCCGACAGCGAACAAUUGAAAGGUGUUUAAAUCGCCAAAUUCACCCUUUUAGAGUUCGGAAAUCGGUUAAAAACAUUUAUGGUCUUUUUUCUGCACCAUCAAGGUAUAUAUUGACGCUUACAUAGGUCUGCUGAUAAUGUUCCCCUUUAAGAAUCAAUGAAGCAUUUUUUACAUUUUCCUUUUUAAAAUGUCCUUAAAAACCCAUCCCUGUACUGUAGCAUCCCACUCUUGCUUGGGGAUAUUUCAACAACAACAACAACAAAAAAGAGAACCUUUAAAACGACUUUGACUGCCAGGACAGUGGUAUUGUAUAAAACAAAAAUAAAAAAAAAGGUAACACCUGCUAACACCUUAAAAAACCCUUCACAGAAUGUACGCUCCAUGCGAUGCCUUCAAACGAGGCCUUCUGACGGAGACUCCUAUUGAGACACCUGGCGUGCAAAAAUCAGUUUUUUCUUUCUUUUCUUUUGUUGUGAAAAGAAAAAACUGAAUCGCUCGCUCUGUCUUGUAGCGGAGGACGGGAAAAUGCCUUUUUUGCCGCUGAUUUCUUUCCUGAAUGUGAACGCUGGGAGGCAGUCGGCGGAAAUGUCAGCACACAAAGUCUUACUGUAGCCUAUAGUCACAAAAACCAUGCAAAACACUUCACUCAAGCCUCUAUAUAUAUAUAUAUAUAUAUAUAUAUAUAUAUAUAUAUAUAUAUAUAUAUAUAUAUAUAUAUAUAUAUAUAUAUAAAUACCGUAUUUAUUAGUGUACAUGUCAAGAGGAAUCAUCAAGACCCACCCCUGUUUGCUGUUACCGUGGAAACAAAUGGAAGAAGACAACAUUGUUUAGGGGUGAAGGGGGGGGGGUUACUUUGGUGGGAGCUUUGCCCAAAAAAAAAAAAAAAAUCUGCAACCUCCAUUAAAGAGGAUUGUGGCUGAAGCGACCAAAGAUGAUGCUCGACGUGAAUAAAUCGAGUCAGUUUGCAGGUGAGCGCUGCAGUGCACUGUAGGAAGACACCUGUACCUGUAGACAAAAGACCCCCCCCCCCCCCCCCCCACAGCCCCCAAUGAAAUCACCAGUCUAUAAAGUGAGAGCUUUGUCAUGGAAAAGCCAACAAAUUGCUUGUUUAUUUUUAUUUUUUUCUUUGUGGACAAUGUUUGAAUUUACCGGGGUGAUUUAUUUAUUAACAAUGAAUAUUUAUUCAUUUUUAUUUCUUUUUUUUUUUUGUAUUUUUUUUUUUUUCAAAAUGUGUAUU